CCUAUUGUGCUUUACGAUAGGACAGGGCUGUGAUGUGAAGCAGGCUAUCUGCAGUCCGCAGAACACAGCAAAGGCAGCAUGUCCUUUUGUAGAUGACAUUUAAUGGAUCCCACGUUAAUCUCUGCGUCGACUCUGCUCUCUCUGCCCCAUGCCGAGUUUAUUCAAAGGAGCUCAUAAUUUUAUCGUACAAGACGGCUGGUUCACGACAAACAAGGUGUAUAUCAACUUUUUCAAAAUCAGGACACAGUUUCCUUAUUGAAAGCUGA